GCCAAUAACAAAACCACUGCAUACAGCUAUAGGGAACCAAUGCGUCCUCCAUCCAUAUGUUGUUUCUCCCACGGUUCCUAUGAACCUCCUUGGCAGAGAUCUCCUCAUAAAACUGGGCGUGUCUAUCCUGUGUUGUGCUGAUGGAAUAUUACUGACUUUCCCUGACGGCCGUCAAAUGACCUGUUCUGAAGGAAACCAGGGCCACGGACAAUACAUCCUUUCCCCCACCUCUGACUCCUACGCUGACAUUUACUGGGCUAUGUUGUCUCCAGAAGGCCCGGGCUCCGGGGGCAUCCUGAAACAGUUCUUCCUCUGGAAGCCCUGGAUCUCGCAAGUUGCACCCUUUGUCCCUCCCCCAGAUCCCUCACAUGUCACCCUAAAUUAUGAUGUCCACUCUGAUCUCUGUUAUCAAGACGCUUUUGACACGAUAGCGGACACCAGAUGGGAGAUCUUCACCCAAAACAUCUUUGUGGGACCAGAGGGCGUAGCCGCCUCGGUCCAGCUAACUCCUGAACAGUCGCCAUGGUUUGUUAUGACUGAGGAAUCUGCCCCACAUGUUUCACUUGCACUGCACCCAGGGUAUGAGGCCAAAUCAUUAGGUCCGAUGGUCAAGACAGCCCUGACUGCCACCGACUGGACACUCACUCCUCUCCCCAAGGUUCAAUACUCUCCCUCCACCAAAACCUUCCGCAUUCUCUGUGAGGGUCGAGACACAGCUUUUCUCCAACAUGACUUAAUUGCUAGGCACCAUGGUAGGGAAAGGACUGACCAUCAAGAUGCUAAAGCCAUGUUAGAUGGUCUUCCCACCACUCUCUGGUCACAAACACCGACUGAUGUAGGUUUAGUGCAUUGUGCCCCCCGACCUUUCGCCUAG